AUGUCAGGUCUUCGGAGACGCAUCUUCGGCACCUCGACUUCUGCAGACUCGCCCUCCCUAACACCCGAACACUCGCGAGAAGGCACACCGACAUCCGAAGAGGUCCGCGUCGUGUCGGCGAAGAAACUCCAGAAACUCACGGCGCAACACAAGGCCAAGGGCACAAAGAGACGGAAUGCGUGGAUCUUUGGGUUGGGAGGCCUGUUUGGCAUUCUCGUUGCCGGCUUCUUUGCGUCCAGCAAUGAUGUCUUUGACAUGCAGGCCUUGAGGGACAUGAAUCUCGACUCUAUCCUGGAUGUGCUGCCUGCCGGUUUGAUCAAGGAUGCCCAUGAACUCCAGGUCGGUUUCUUCAGCGCACUUGUAAUAUCUACAUGUCUCCUUUCUUGUUUCUCCGCUUGCUUUGCUUGCCUGUUGUGCUACCGAGACUCAUGUAGCUUACAUUUUUGUGCUUUGUGUAGANAGAGCCAACGGGACGCCAUCGCAUAUGAUUCCUUCGCAGUCGGUCUGCAUGCCCAAUCUCAAGGCAUAACAGCCAAACAUCCCGUCAUCAUGAUCCCCGGCGUCAUCUCCACCGGUCUCGAGAGCUGGGGUACCGAAGAGCCCUCGCGACAGUAUUUCAGAAAGAGACUAUGGGGCAGUUGGAGCAUGAUGCGAGCUCUAGUUCUGGACAAGGCUGGCUGGAAGAGACACAUCAUGUUGGACAAGGAGACUGGGUUGGACCCGCCGGGUGUCAAGCUGAGAGCUGCUCAAGGCUUCGAUGCGACCGACUUUUUCAUCACUGGGUACUGGAUCUGGAACAAGAUCUUGGAGAACCUCGCAACGAUUGGUUACGACCCUACUAACGCCUUCACCGCUGCCUAUGAUUGGAGAAUGAGCUAUAUGAACUAUGAGAUCCGCGACCAAUAUUUUACCCGUCUGAAGCAUCACAUCGAGACGGCCACCAAGAUAUCUGACCAAAAGGUUGUUUUGCUCAGUCACAGCAUGGGCUCUCAAGUCCUGUACUACUUUUUCCAUUGGGUCGAAGCCGAAGGUUAUGGCAAUGGCGGUGAAUCAUGGGUUGACGACCACAUUGACUCCUGGAUCAACAUCUCUGGGUGCAUGCUCGGAACACCCAAGGGCUUGCCUGCAGUGCUGUCCGGCGAGAUGAAAGACACCGCCCAACUCAACGCUUUUGCCGUCUACGGGCUGGACAAGUUCUUGAGCCGCAACGAAAGAGCAGAAAUGUUCCGCGCCAUGCCUGGCAUCUCCAGUAUGCUUCCUAUCGGUGGCGACGCAAUCUGGGGAGACGAACAUGGCGCACCCGACGACCGCCCUGAUCAGAAUGUCACCUAUGGCAAAUUCCUCAGCUUCCGCCAUCUCAACUCGACCCAGUUGCCCAAGAAAAACUUGACCGUGGAGGAAUCCCGCGCAUACCUUUUCAACAGCACAGAGAACUGGUACUCUGAUGCCGUACUUUCCUCUUACUCUUUUGGCAUCGCGCACACCAGAAAGGAAGUAGAAGCCAACCAAAAGAUUCCCCGUAAAUGGUCUAACCCACUGGAAACCCGUCUUCCCAAAGCCCCGAACAUGAAAAUUUACUGCUUUUACGGCAUUGGCAAGGAGACUGAGCGCGCAUACUAUUACCGCGAAGACAAUGAACCCGGCAGCAAAAACGACGUCAUGAUUGACACGCAAGCCUCAUUCCUUAACCCUGACCAUGAUCAUGUAGCCAAUAGAGGUGUGGUUAUGGGGGAAGGAGAUGGUACUGUCAAUCUACUGAGUACGGGAUAUAUGUGUAACAAAGGAUGGAGAAUGAGGAGGUAUAAUCCUUCUGGAAUCAAGGUCACGACAUACGAGAUGCCUCACGAGCCUGAUCGUUUCUCGCCUCGUGGUGGACCUAAUACUGGUAAGUUUGUCCUCGCCUCUAGGGACCUGAUUAGCGUAAUUGACGAAUGUAACACAGGUGACCAUGUGGACAUCCUUGGUCGUGCCUCUCUCAACGAUCUGAUCUUGCGAAUCGCAGGUGGAAAGGGUGACGAUAUCAAAGAAACCAUUCACAGCAACAUCACUCAGUAUGCUGAGAAGGUCAAGAUCUGGGACGAUUAG